GCCCCCACCCCGCCCUCCCGCGGGCUCGUUCGCCCACACUCCCUGCCGCUGCCUGUCCCCUUUUCACGCCUGGGACGCGCCUCCCUCCCGCAGCCCAGCCCCGCGCGCUCCGAGUCUCCGCCGCCGUCUCUCUGGUCGGUUUACAGCCAGAGCAUGGAAGCCGGGGAGCCCCGGGAACCCCGGGAGCCCCGCGAGCCCGGGCCGGGGGCGGAGACCGCUGCGGCCCCGCGCUGGGAGGAAGCCAAGACUUUCUCCGACAAACUCGUGCCCAAGAAGAAACCUAAAUCGCCCAAGCCUCAGAAUGCAGUCACCAUUGCUGUGUCCUCCCGAGCCUUGUUCCGCAUGGAUGAGGAGCAGCGGAUCUACACAGAGCAGGGUGUGGAGGAGUAUGUGCGCUACCAGCUAGAGCACGAGAAUGAGCCAUUCAGCCCUGGGCCGGCCUUCCCCUUCGUGAAGGCUCUGGAGGCUGUGAACAAGCGGCUUCGGGAGCUCUACCCCGACAGUGAGGACGUCUUCGACAUUGUCCUCGUAACCAACAACCACGCUCAAGUGGGUGUCCGUCUCAUCAAUAGCAUCAACCACUAUGACCUGUUCAUCGAGAGGUUCUGCAUGACAGGUGGGAAUAGCCCCAUUUGCUACCUCAAGGCCUAUCACACCAACCUCUACUUGUCAGCUGAUGCAGAAAAAGUUCGGGAAGCCAUUGAUGAAGGGAUCGCAGCUGCCACCAUCUUCAGCCCCAGCAGGGACGUGGCUGUGUCCCAGAGCCAGCUGCGCGUGGCCUUCGAUGGGGACGCUGUGCUCUUCUCGGACGAGUCGGAGCGCAUUGUCAAGGCCCACGGGCUGGACAGGUUCUUCGAACAUGAGAAGGCCCAUGAGAACAAACCCUUGGCCCAGGGACCUUUAAAGGGCUUCCUGGAGGCCCUGGGUAGGCUGCAGAAGAAAUUCUACUCCAAGGGCCUGCGGCUGGAGUGCCCAAUCCGCACCUACUUGGUGACGGCGCGCAGUGCUGCCAGUUCUGGGGCCCGGGCUCUCAAGACCCUGCGCAGCUGGGGCCUGGAGACAGAUGAAGCCCUGUUCCUCGCAGGAGCACCCAAGGGCCCCCUGCUCGAGAAGAUCCGCCCGCACAUCUUCUUUGAUGACCAGAUGUUCCAUGUGGCUGGGGCUCAGGAGAUGGGCACAGUGGCCGCCCACGUGCCUUACGGCGUGGCACAGACACCGCGGCGGACUGUGCCUGUGAGGCAGGCCCCAGCUACACAGUAGCUGAGCCCCCAGCUUCACUGACCCACAGUGCUCCAGGCACAGCUCCCUGUCCCACGUCGGCGUGUCGUCCAGUGGACCGACCCUCCUGAUCCCUUGCCACACUGCCUUGCUGCAUGUCUGCCCUCAGCCCUCUGAGCGAGGUACUAGUAGGCAAUGAUGCAGACGGGGCUGGCAUUCUCUCCAGCCCGCAUCCUGGGCCAAUGCUGUGCCACAACGCUGGUUAGGAAAGUAAGACUGUGGCUGGACUUGCGGGGAAGGGAAGGUGAUGGGGCUGGACAUGGGAGGGUCCAAGGAGCCAGGAUGCCUCAGAAGGGCUCUGGGAUGAAAACCAGCGCAGUGUCGUGGAAAGGACACUGCGCAGAGAGAGAAGGACCGGGCCUCUGAGCUCUGUCCUGCCAUUAACCGCCUGACUUUGAGUGAGUCCCUCCCCUUUGUGGACCUCAGCGCCCCAUCUUUUAGGUGGUUUUCAAACUCUCCUUUAGCUAAAGAAGCUUGUUUUUUCUAAGAUUGCCCUCUUUGAGGGAAGGAUUCUCUGCCAGGGCUGUUGCUGGCCUGCACGGCACCUUUGUGCAGAUAACAGAAGGACGCUGUUUCUAGAAUGAAUUUUGAAAAGAAGGCCCUUCCUCUGCGCUGCUGUACCCGUGCUGGGCACACAGCUUGCUGAGCAGGAUAUCAGUGGGAUGUCAGCCCCCACCAGCUCCUCAGCCCAGAGGCCUUUGUCAACUGGGCGAAAUGCACAAAAGGGUCGUCCACAGCAGCCCUACCUAUAAUUUUACACACUUGAAAACCACUGGACAAGAUGACCCAUUUGCUUCCUGUGAUCCUCUAAUCUGACUCAUCAGGGGUCAGCUGCCAAGUGGGGAUGUCUGUGAAAGGAAUGAGCGAGUGGAUUAAACCUGCAUGCAAACUCCAGUCAAGCCAGCAGGGGGCACUGCAGGCACUUCCUGGGGAGCCGCCUUAGUGGCAGCCUGCUCAGUGCUUCCAUUGCUUUUGCUUUUAGCCAAAGUUCAGUUCCUGCCUGCCAACUCCCUCACCUCAACACUCACUCCUUCAAUUAUUGCAUCCUGCUGUGUCACCAAGCAGCCCUGCCAGCGGGGGAAAAGGCAGAGGAUUGGGGUUUACUCUUGUGGGCCCAGGGGGCGAGAGCUCAGUGGCUGAAGCGGAAGGUGGUCCAGGCUGAGCUUCCAGGAAGGAGGGUCUGCCUGGGAUGAUGUGCGAUGUGUGAGGAGGUCUGGUCUGCGGCAAUGACUAGUUAGGGAAGAAGGCGCUGAAAUGUGCUCUGGAAGCUUCUCCAGCUAUGGGAUCGUGAGUGGCGGUAAUGAGCUCUCUGUCACUGGGAUGCUGUGCAGGGGACAUGCUCCGAGGAACACCUAUGAAUCCUCCGCCCUUGCAGGAGCGCCUGCAGCCCCUUCGUCACCACUUCCAGGGUAGAAUUUUCACUGCUUGAUGAGUCGGCCCCCUCCUUUGCUAACCAGCCCAGUUCUCUCUGGAGGGAUGGUGGGCACCAAUGGCUCGUCCCUCGGGAAGACCCAGAGGUGUGAGUGGACAUCUGUAUGGGGGCGUUGAUUGCCCAGUUCCUGGGUGGGGCGGGGGACUCCUAGCUGUGAGCAAGCACUUUGUGAAGAAAGCCAAAGGUACUGUCAAAGUGGGCCGGAGCCUGGAGGUGUGUGCCGGAGAGCCGGAGUGCUUGUGGAGGCGGGGCAAAGGGGUGAAGGACCAUCCAGGGCCUGACCUUUGUCCUUCUGAGGACUCAGCCCAGGGUCUGAAUGGGCACAGGUUCUGGGCAGCGCAGGUAGGGCAGUCAUUACAGAAAGAUCAUCCAGGAAGGAGAAAAAAGUGAGGACCCAGAGGCAGUUCUCUAAAUGACCAAUAGUUCAGCCAAAAUUGAAGUGCUUGGCUGGGCUUUUACCACCAGCACCCAGAGGCUGGUCCUGGGGCAGAAGGGCAAGGCUGUGCUGAGUGCGCAGGGCAGGUGCCCAGCACUGACUUAUCAGGGGGAGGGCAUGUGAUGAAGAUGUCUCUGCAUAAGGCCCUUUUCAUCCACAGCCAGAAUCUUUUUGGGCAACAGAGCAAGCUUUCAGGGCAGAGGGCCUGGUUUUGAGCUCCUUCCUCUACCCAUGCUCCAAGCCCAGCUGGAGUUAGUAUGAGACCUAAAGGGGAAUGAGAAGGAAGUCAGAGAGCUCAACCUAGGUCACUUUUGAUCUUGGCUGAACCAUAGCAACAUCUUCUGCUCACCAUCCCCUCGGUCAGAAUCUCCCUCGUGGAUGGGCCUCCAAGGCUCCCAGAGCCAGACAGAAUGGCUGUGUGAUCAGGGUGGACAUGCACUGUGAAAGCAGACCAGAUGUCCCCUAAUUAAGAUAAACCCCAGGGAUUCUGGGAAUCAAGAAGUCCUGCCUCCAGGCCCUUGUGAUAAAAGCUGCUGAUUCUUCUAGGUCUCUCAGGGAGCCAAAAGAUAAGGUGCAGUAAAAGCCUGGAUUGCACUGGAGCCUCCAUUAAUAGGCAUAGACAGCCCUGGGCAAUGAGAGACAGUGGGGUCCAAAUUCUAUUACUGAAGCCAUAAAGAUUGAGCAUCUCAGGCCUGCAAAAAAAAAAAAGCUUUCAGAGGCUGGAACAAAAGGCUGAUAGUUCUGAGGGCAGGUUUAGGCAGCAGCCAGACACACCUGAUUGUUGCAAGAGCCAAGGAGAAGCACUCACCAGGCAUUAAAAAGUCAGGUGAGCACUAAAGCCUCAGACCCGACAAGUCCUGCAGCGCUGGGGCCCGACACCGCAGCUCCCGACAUGCUGGACCCCUGCAGCCAAAAGAUUGCAGCCCAACAGGUCUUACAGAACUUGUCCCAGGAAAUGCUUGCCAACAAAGUCCCAGGCCCACUAGAAACUGCCACUUAGCAGAAGAACAGAAGCCCUGAUAGAGCCCUGAGACCACUUAGAUCAUUGCAAGACAUCCCCUCCCUCUCCCGAGAGUCCAAUCAGAAUGGUGGGGAUAUAGCAGAAAAUGCCAGAAGAAAUCAAAACUAGUAAGAAUUUCAAAUACAAGAUGGAUCUGGCAUCGUAACGAUAUUCAACUGGUCUGCACCAGUACAGCCAAAAUAUUGAAAUGUCUUCAGAACAGUUGGUAGGUUGCUCUGGACUGAGUCCCUGAGUGGGUCUGAAUGGCCUCAGUCGCCUUGCCCCCUCCACUGUGACUGCCCCCCUUCCCACCAUCCAGUUAAAGAGGCUUCUCAGGUGGCUUCUAGGAGGCUGCUGCUGCACGAUGGACAGUGUCCCCUCUGUUUGGUGGUGCCUGUGUUGGUUUAGAAAGGUAAAGCAAUUUCCCGGUCACAAAGCUAGUACACGGCAGCACAGGAACUCAACAAAGUUUGAAAGGAACUCAAAGCGGGCCCACCAGGCUUUUAACCAUUUUGCUAUAUGGCCCAUACAUGUGCAUAGCGGUGACAAUAAAAUCUUCAUAACAAAGUAGUUCACCAAGAGUCUGUUAACAUACUGGCCUCCUGCAUGUUAAAAUGCUUAGUACUCUUGAGUGGGUACAUUUUUUACAGCUUCCUAACUAGCAAGGACAACUUUAGAGUCAAACGUUUGCAGAGCCUUUGGAGCACCUCAACACCCCCAAGUUCUGAGGAACCCAGUUUAAAGACCCGGAACCGAUCUAAUGCAGGGUUGGUAAACUAUGGUUCUUUGGGCCAAAUAAAGCUCACUACCUGUUUUUGUAAAAAACAAACAAACAAACAAACAAAAACCUUUUAUUGGAACAUAGCCAUGCCUCUUUGUUUACGUAUUUAUGGCUGCUUUCACACAGCAAUAGCAGAGGUGAAUUCUUUUAACAGAGAUCGUGGAGCUGAAAAUAUUUAUCUGGUCCUUUACAGAAAAAGUUUGCUGACCCCCCAGGCUAAGGCAAACAUCCCCAGCUUGCUCUCCAGUGGGAACGGCCAGCUCACAGGCACCCAAGCGCUAGGAGGCAGAGGCUGGCUCCACUGCUGAGGGCGCAGCCUGGGGCCUGGGGGAGAUGUACGUGCCCAUCCGCAGGCACUGAUGGAGCUGUGGAGUCGCAUAGGUACCAGCUCAACACCCCGGUGUUAAACACAGCAGACGCUUGUCAUGUGAUGAGUUAAGAUUUCAAGUUUUGACUACUUUCAAGUGACCUGUGUCCUGUUGUAAUUUGAAAUGUGGUUGAUGCACAGAUUUGUCUUAUGUGUGCCCCCCCCCCCCAAGCCAAUGAGCAAAGGGCAGGGAGCAAGACUCCUGUUUAGGGCUAAGCCCGGCUGGUUGUCCAGCAUCUACUCAGGACGGUUUUGUUGUUCUUGUCAUCGCCCUCAUGGGCCCACUUGCGAAUGAUAAAUGCAGGCGGAUGGACAGGCCUUAGCUAAAUAUGAAUUUUGGGUGAAGUACCCAACGUUGAUUUCAGUGCUCAGAUCUAACAGAUCAUCCACAUGCUCUCUGUGGAAGCAAAAACAAGCUCUUCACAAGGACGGUCCCAGUGUGGCUUUAGUUGGCUCAGGAGUUAUGGAUCAAGUGAGAGAGAAAAAUCCAGUGAAAACUGGAGUGGCAAUUUUCUUGUGCGGUGAGGUGUGGCCAAGAGACACACAUACCUCAUGACAGAAUUGUGGAGCAGGAGAAAUCUGCAGAUUUAGGGAUUUACCAAGGUUCCAGGAUCCAUGGCAAGAAGAAAUGUGGAAGCCGCCCUACCUACAGCCAUGGUUGCUGUCGCUGCUCCACCACGAUACUCUUCUCCGCUAAGCCCAGGCAUUCCAGGCAGUCACUACCAGUGCGUUGGAGGGGGCAAGAAAGAUGAAAGCCUAUUUUGCCAUCUGCAUUGGAUACUGCUUUGGAUGUGGUAUGCAAGGCCCUGAAUACUUAUUUUCUGAUGCUGUAGUGCUACUCUGAGAUUUCCAGGGUCUCACCCCACUGGGACAGAACACAAAGAAGGAGAAUAGCAGUUGGCAGCUUCCUUGGGAGUGCCUGAGAAACAGUGUCCCUGGUUUUCACUCACUCUUCAAGCAAAGUGCAAACACCCAUCCUGCCAGUAGGUGGCGCUGCAGGCCCGCACUCAGCUGCUUGUGGCGGUAGUUGUUAGUGGUUUUAUUUACCGGUUCCUUUAUCUCUCCUCCCUUAGUAUUUGGUGCUGUCUUGGACUCCCGCAGGUACCUUAGCCAAAAAGUAUUGUACUUUAGGCUCUGAAAGUGUUUGUUAAGUGUACCUGUCUGAGGAGCUAAUUGCUCUUACAAUAAUUGUGAUGGUGUGUAUGGACACACUCAGUGUGUGCCUCAGGAUAAAAAACCAUGCGUUGUAUGCAUGUUUGUGUAGCUGUGUGUAAUCGGUCAGCUAUCUGCUGACCACUCUGUGUCAGUGUGUGUGGGUGUGUACAGGAUGGUUAUCUGUUGACCAAGUGUCCUGGGCCCCACACACUGACGGCCAGCCCUGCUUCCUGGGACUAGUUCUGGCUAUUCCUAUCAUCUCGUGGGCAUUUGCACAUGUGCCACAUGGGGGUUGCUGAGGCCAGGCCCUUUAUCUUUCUCUUCAUCUUCUCGCUUCUGGCCAACAAGGUCUUGGCUCCUAACACUCUGCCUCCCACCCCUACUCCCUGCAGCCUUAGGAAGGAAAUGGUAGAAUCUGUGCUAGGGCGCCCCUUUUGGCUACACCUGUCUUAAAAUCUUCACUUGUUUCUCCCCUCCCCCUGACAGUCCAAAGCUAAUGUGCACAGUUGGGAAGACUGUGCACUGCACAAGUCCAGACGGAGCCAUUCACAUCAUGAUGUGAGCGGUACUUCCUAGGCAGCUGCAAAACCUACCAACUGUGCACAGCUGCCCUGGUCAUCUCAUGGCCAUGAUGGGAAAGCCGCCUUCUUCACUGUGCCCCCUGGCCCCGCCCAGCCUAGGCUGGGAUUCCUUCCUCUGUUUGUGUGUUCUAGUCUGGCCCAGAAGUGAUUUACCCUUGGCCUUAGUCAGGAAGCAUCUCCCUGAUGGGCCAUCCACAGAGGCCUUUGGGAUUCAAUUUACGAAAGUAAGAUAUGGCUGGCAACCUUUCAGUCACUCAUCUGUAACACAAACCAAAACUUGGUAGACUGGGGUCACUGCCUCUCACGCUCCUGGCCUCUGGGUAAAUGUGCCUUCACAGGCCGACUGUUAAGAUGAGUCUGCCAUGGAAUUAGAGUAAAGGCCUCAGGGCUAGACUUAUAACUGCCACCAAAUAGAAAACCAUGAGAACAUCACAGACAAAUGCCUGGGCCAGAUCCCAAACCCUGAUGCCUCCAAGGGCCAGGCAGGAAAUAAAUAAAAAAGCGAAGAGGGCCAGGCAGUGUCUUUAGUGGAAUGGAGAGCACACACUCUGUUUGACGUGGCUCCUACCCUGUGGGAACGUGGGCUGGUGUUGCCAGAUAUUUCACCCCAGUUUUCAAGGGGAACUACGAAUCUGGGCUUUUAAAUGUUGGCAACUAUUCUGAAUUUAGAAAACACUGUGCAGGCCAAAUAAAACACACCUUCUAAGCUAAAUCUGGCCCUUCCGUCUCCAGUUUGCACCCUCUGGCUCAGGUCCAGUGGAUUGAGUUUUUCAGAACCGAGUAACUGAGUGUAAGGAUAUUACAUUCAGAGGAACAGAGUUUUACAUCUUUAAGAGACCUUAGAAAUAAUCUAGUUCAUCCCUGUGUGUUUUAAACUGUAUACAUACAAGCUUCUUUACUAACUUAAUAACUCACAUAUCCUUAACUUCUAGUUUUCUCCUUAAAAGCAUCUCAGUACCCCCAAUUUAGAACAAGAUUUAAAAUGAAGCCUCUACGUAUAGUAUGUCUGUAUCUACCUGUCAGCAGCCCUAUUUUAUGCCAUUUGCUUAAUGAUAGCUCUACCUCUGUCUUUUGCAAACGUGAGCUGUCCUGGUCUUCCUCCUAACCCAGGGGUGUCCAACCUUUUGGCAUCUCUGGGUCACACUGGAAGAAGAAGAGUUGUCUUGGGCCACACACUAAAUACACAAACACUAACGAAACAAACAGACAAAAAAAUCUCAUGAUGUUUUAAGAGAAUUUACGACUUUGUGUUGGGCCUCAUUCAUAGCCAUCCUGGGCCACAUGCAGCCUGUGGGCCGCGGGUUGGACACCCUGCUCUAACCUAACCUCCUUGGAUUGCUUUUUAUGGCAAAGCUCUUAAGUGCCUCCUUGAACAGUUGGACCACAUUCCUCUUUAUCUAUGGGACUUUCAUUGCCCGGGGAUAGAUAAGACUGCUCAUACUUUUCUCAGCUUUUCCCCUCCUCAGGCCACUAUCAGCCUUCCCCAGCCCCCAGCUCUGUCUGGCUCCGAAGCGUUUACCCAAUCACAUGAUAAAGGGUGCUGCGUGCUUGUCAGUGUGGACCCCUCUCGCUCAUGCUCGCCUGUACCAUAAUUUUACAACAUGGGCUUCUGCUUCUUAAAAGCCAUUCAAAUAAAUAGGAGACAUUUAAAUUAAA